AUGUCGUUUGAUCUGUUGGCCGAGUUUGGCAGCCCCGCGCCGCCGCCCCAGGGCCAGCAGAAACGGCCUCCGCAGCCGCAGCCCAAUCCAGCGAGCUUCUCUCUGUUCGACGACCUUGCCGGCCUGAGCCAGUCUCCCGCGCCCUCCGGCUCGCCUGGCUUCGCAUCCAGUUCGUCUAAACCCGGCGUGAGUGCCUUUCCAGCCCAGGGGCGGCCACCCCUCUCGGCCACCCCCGGCGCUCCACCAACCUCGACUCAAGCCGAGACCGGCAAUGACGACGACUGGGGAGACUUUGCAGAUGCACCCACCUCCGCCCCAUCUGCAGCCCUAGCCAAUCCAGCCUCUAUUAAUACCACCUCCCAGGCACCGGACCCGUGGGCUAGUCUCCGCACAUCGACCAGCCUUGCCGGCACUAAUGCCCCUUCUGGCUUCUCAACCUCGCCUGCUCCACCGCCAACCUUUAAUCCCACCGCAUCCAAAAAUGACCCUUUCGACUUCAGCGCCUUUGGCGUUCCGUCGCGCCCCCAGAGCACGGCCGCGCAACCGCAUUUCGCAGCUCCCCCGCCAGCCUUCGCAACCGUACCACCUGCAGCACCAGCCACCCCACGUGAUCCAAAUGUUCUGUUCGAUGCCGAGAACAUGUCUGAGGAAGAUGAUGAUUUCGGUGAUUUUGAAGAUGCUGCUCCUACCCCAGCUCCCGCACUGCCGCUAUCUGCGCCGAUUGCCACCCCCUCGCCGGCUCCCGUUCCAAAACCUUCUCCCGCUCCUGCGUCAUCACAGCCUCCGAAAGCCGCGGCUGUACCUGCCACGGCCCAACCGCUGAAUAUAGAUGCGCUUCUAGGCGAAUUAGAAAUCUCCGACCCCCUCACCUCUGUGGCGCCGACAUCGAAGCAGGAUGACUGGAAAAAGAGCACGACUGCCAAAUUCGCUUCGAAGACACAACCACCACAACCAGCCUUUGGCGCCACAAAGUCGCCACCCCCUCCGAAAACCGUUGCGAAACCGGCACCUAAGGCCACUGCCCCUAAAUCCUCGCUGGCUAAAUCAUCAAAACCCAUAGGUCCGGCCAUCGGCUGGGACGACGACUGGGAUGACCUAAUCCCCACGAACCCUGCACCAGCGCCAGCACCGGUGGCGGCGGCUUCCUCAAGUUCUCUACCCACCGACUUCCCGGUCCCCACGCCGGCUCCCAUUCCCGAUCCCGCGCCGAAUUCUCUUCCGCCAACAAAUGUCCCCCCUCCCGCCCUUCUCCUUACACUGUUCCCAGCCAUCUUUGCUUCCGCACAUUCGUCUUUCUUCAGACCGCUCGGCACCCAGCCCUCUCACGUUCGCCCCAAGAUCCUUGCCGACCAAGCUGUCGUACGGUUCCUGCGGGGAUACCUCACGGUGGGCUCAGUGGCGGCUCGAAUCAUUGCCGGCCGCAAGUUGCGCUGGAAGCGUGACACGUUCCUUGCUCAGGGCAUGAGCAUCGGGCAAGCUGGCAAGGCUGGAGCCGGUGGCAUGAAGCUGCAGUCGAUUGAUCGCACCGAGUCGACCAAAGAAGACCGUGAAGCCGCGGACGUUGUCAGAGCGUGGAAAGACCAGGUCGGCAGGCUACGGUCAGUGGUCGCGCAGGUGAACGGCAAGGAUGAUAGAGGGAGGAGCGUUGGUGCCAUUCCAGAGCUCACGGAGACGAUGCCGAUUCGGGUUGCGAAGGAGGCGGAAGGGGCUCUUGCGAGCGUGAAGCCGUGUGCUCUGUGCGGGUUGAAGAGGAAUGAGAGGAUCGGGAAGGUGGACGUCGAUGUCGAGGACAGCUUCGGAGAGUGGUGGGUGGAACAGCUGAGCAUGCAUAGGGCGUGUCGGAAUUUCUGGGAGGAACAAAAGAACAACCUGAGGUACUGA